AAAUUGGAGUUCUUUCCUAACAAAUUGAUUACUAUUAUAAACACAUCUCUUUUAACCUUGCUUUCACUGGACAACAGAACAUAUAUCAUUUUCAAUCAUCUCCCUUCUCUCAAUCAAACGAUCAAUCCAAUCAUUGAUUAAAUUUCUAGGAAGUCUUUUGUCUUAAUUAACUGUAUAUAAAUUAUUAUACGCUACUGCUAGGAAAUUUCCAAGAUACACCCUAAAUUUUAUACAGUCGUUCGUUGAACACGAAGGACUGAGACUUCCAAGUCUUGUCACAAGCGAUCUACAUAGUGACGUCAUUUUCACAUUGUGACGUCACAAACAAGGAGCAAAACUUUAUUCAGCUUACAUGCUAUUUCUAUAACUUGUGUAUGGUCAUAUUUGUGCAACAUUUUAUUCUAAUCUGAAUUGUGGUUUGUAGAUAUAGAGAUAGUUUGCGAAAUUUUUUAUUACCCCUCGUACAUUAGAUAGCACAACCUGAUUAUUUUUUUCCUGAAGGUAUGCAAUUUAUCCCUCAGCACCGAAGACUUGCAUUUGUCUUUCUUUGCUUACUGCAAAUUAAUGUGAUAUAUUUGAUCCAAGAGGAGGACCCUUUAUCGGAACCAUGUCCUUUCGGUAAACAGCAAAGGCCCUCAGAGAAAUUCAAACAGGAAGAUCAGUCUAUAACGUCAAAUAACAAUUGUUUGAAUGGACAAUGUGGUGAAAAUAUUUCGUCUAAAGAUUUGGUUCCUCGUGUAAAGAGGCGGGUCUACACUCCUGGUGAAAGGGCAGGCGCUGUCGUGUUAAGUGUGUUGACGUUGGGAAUUUAUUGUAUAUUUAUGUGUGAGAAAGUGUUCAAUGAUCCUCCCAGCAUACGAUGCCCUGCGCCUAUAUUUGUGACUGCCAAGAAGGGACACAACUAUGCAGAUGUUUCAUGGCCAUGGGCUACAGCUUCUGAUCGACAACAACCUUCCAUAGGUGUUACAACUUCACCGUCAGGUAUUCCUAACCCUAUCAGAGCCGGUGAGGGAGAGACAAAAUGGUAUUUUGUAGCAACAGAUAAACAUGGCGAACGUGCAAGUUGUCCCUUUAAAAUAACUGUAAAUGUUAUAAAAUGUCCUUCUUUCGAUAAAAAUUUACUGUCGUUGGCAAAUAUGGAGGCAAAGUGUGAAAGAAAUCCAAUAAUUUACGGCAGCAAAUGUCAUCUUCGAUGUAUUACUGGAUAUGAAAUAAAACCGGGUGUAAAACAAAUUACACUGGAAUGUUUGGCAGACAAAUCCUUUAGCGGGAACAUCCCAACUUGCAAAAAGGUCACUUGCAACAAACAUGACAUGAAAUUGAAGGUGAACAAUGGGAAAGUUAAUUGUAGAGAUUACACAUACGAAUCGAAAUGCCAAGCAGAGUGUAAACAGGGGUAUACCUUGUCACCAGGGGUCAACAGUGUCAUUUGCCAAGCUGACAAGUCCUGGUCAUCAAAACUACCUGACUGUGCAGAUACCACGCGUCCAAUUAUUGUGUAUUGUCCCUCAGACAUUAAUCUGUUUGCCGAUGCUCGUGCCAACUACACACAUGUCACUUGGUCCAUGCCUAGAGCUGCGGACAACUCGGGAGGCAAUUUGAUGAUCCAACAGACAGAAGGUCCUCCAAAUGGUUCGAUGUUCUAUGUCGGAACCACACAAAUAAAGUACAAAGUCACUGAUUCAUCUGGAAAUUCAAACAAUGACUGCAAUUUUCGAGUUACUGUAGAUGAAAUAUCUUGUGGUUGGCCAAUUCUUCCAGAUCGGUACAUGAAUGUAGACUGCCCAGAUGGUUUAACUUCUGGUGUGGAAUGCCGGAUAGACUGUGGAACUUUUGAAGUGGUAGGAAAUACUACCGUUUUCUGUGAGAAAAAAGGUCAGGCAACGGUGAGAGGUGAAUGGAAUUAUGGUCAAAAGAUGCCAUACUGUAAAAAGAAUCCCUGCGAACCUCUUCCAGCCCCAGCCAAUGGUGCAAUGGCAUGUGAUGAAUGGUUAUACGGUGUAUUUUGUCAAAUGCAAUGCAUGGAAGGCUAUGAUAUCCCGAAUGGAGCUGUUGGUUCAAAUAAUAAGGUGUUUACUGGUCGAUACGUCUGCUCAGAAACAAAGGGAAUUUAUAUUCCCUCCAAUACUGUUCCUAAUUGCACAGCUAAACGACUUCCAUCUGAAUCAAAUACAUUGAUGGAAUUCUUUUACUACACUGGAGACUGCAACAACAAAACAGUUCAAGAGGAGAUAAGAACAAAUUUUAUUACAUAUAUAAGGGAUAUGAAUGAUAACGGAGGGUUUGAUGGCAUUUGUCCAGAUGAAAUUUCCUGCAAUGUUGCAAAUGUUUCCGUCUCUUGUGGAGAAAUAUCUAACCGAAAAAGGCGAGCUGCUGUAAGAAGAACCACACUUAAGGUUCAAUUUGAACUACAAACACGUUUCCUAAGCUCAAAUACUACGAAUAUCGUAAACAUUGUUCCAAAACUUCAAAAUAAAUACAUGGAUGUCGUAAAAGAAAGUGCAAUGAAUGGUACUCUUGACGUCGGUGAUAUGAAAGUCGACUCCGAAAGUUUCCAGAUCGAUGAAAUGGUAGGCGUAUGCGAUCCAGGAUAUAUUUGGAAAUCUUCAACAAUCUCUUGUGUUCCAUGCCCACCUGGAACAUACUUAGAUACUACGGAAAGCAAAUGUCUUGACUGCCUUAUUGGAACCUACAAGGAAACAGAAGAAAGUGCAGUAUGUACAAAGUGUCCAGCGGGAACGUCAACAAUAUCAAAAGGAAGUUUGUCAAAAACCGAUUGUAAAGAUACGUGUAGACCUGGUACGUUCUCUAAAACGGGUCUCAUACCUUGUGUAAGAUGCCCAUAUAACCACUACCAAGAUCAAAAAGGAGCUACAUCCUGUUCUCAAUGUCCGAAGGGCAAAAUAACAACAUCUGUCGGAA